UUUUUAAUCUAGAUUUUUGUUUAUAUAUUAUGGAGGUAUUUAUUUUGUUUCAGUAAAAUAUUAGGGAAGUAUUUCUAUUUAAAAGUUUAAUUAAAUGAGAAUAUUCAAAUAAUAAUGAUUGCUAUAGAAAACUGAAGAAAUAUGGAGAGUUACGUUGUUUUAUCAUUCAUUGGGGAGGGUUCUUUUGGCCGUGUUUUCAAAGCAAAGCACAAGGAAACUGACGCUAUAGUAGCACUGAAAGUUAUACGAAAGAAAGGACGCUCCUCUAAAGACUUAAAAAGCCUGCGCCAAGAAUGCGAUAUACAAAGGCAACUAAAACACCCCAAUAUCAUUCGGAUGAUAGAUAGUUUUGAUACAGAAUCUGAGUUAGUAGUUGUGACAGAGUAUGCGGAGAAAGAAUUGCACAGCAUACUGGCUAAAGAAGGAUGUUUGAAUGAAGAACAUGUGAAGAAAAUCACUUGGGAUUUGGUUUCUGCUUUGUACUACUUGCAUUCACAUAGGGUGUUGCAUAGGGAUUUAAAGCCACAGAAUGUUUUAUUAGACAGCACUGGUCGAGCUAAGCUGUGUGAUUUUGGACUCGCAAGGAUAAUGACAAAUUCCACUCACAUCCUUACAUCAAUAAAAGGCACCCCAUUGUACAUGGCUCCAGAGUUAAUUGAAGAAAAGCCUUAUGAUCAUCAGGCCGAUCUGUGGUCACUAGGCUGCAUAGUGUACGAGUUGAUGGCAGGUCAGCCACCAUUCUGCACUAUGUCGAUAUGGCAACUGGUGCGGAUGAUCCGACACAAGCCGGUCCAAUGGCCGACAUUCAUCAGUACAGAAGCCCGGUCCUUUUUGCAGGGCCUUCUUCAUAAAGAUCCUAUGAAAAGAAUGAGUUGGCCUGAAAUACUAAAGCAUGAUUUUGUGUCUGGACAUGUCCUUAUUUUGCCAGAAGAUGUACAGAGCGAAUCUCCAUUCACAAAACCCUUGACACACAGCCAGCAGGAGGCAAAACAGUUGCAAAGAGAUAAGAUUAGUAAUAAUGCAAAGCUAAAACAAGAAGUACAAUCAAAUAAACAAGAUACAAGAGAGCAUAAUGUCCGCGGUGUGAUGCAAGCAAUGGAGUGUGUGCCCAUUUCGGAUGACGAUAGUGUGAGAGCCACCAGCGCAUUUAGUGUCAGAGACAGUCUCAAAACAGACGACGAAGACCAGCCACAACCCAUAACAGCAGCCAACGCCAAACUACUGCGACACGAGUACAAUGUCAUGAAUAAUUCCAAUCUGGUGGUCUGUAAUUUGGAAAAAAAUAUGGCUCAACUUAUGGCAACUAAUAAAAAACAAAACGAUUGCAAUAAAAUGGAUAAAAUCGAUGAAGAAAAACAAAAUAUUGAAAAGGCUGAAGAAGCAAAAAUAGCCAGUGAUAGUAGCAAUACAGAAGGCAAAAAAAUUAAAUCUACUGAUACAGCCUCACAAAGCUUAGAGAAUCCUAAGAGUUCAACGAAAUGCAGCAGUGAUAUUAGUUCCGGACUCAGUAAAAGUGUUCCGCCGUCGUACAAACAGAAAAUAUUGCAGUUUUCUAGAGAUAAAUUAAGGUUUGGUAGUGGCGGCAACCGUUUGACUAGAAGCAUUAAAAGGUCAUUCCAUUUUAGCAGAAGUUGGGACAAAAAUAAAGGUGAUAACAGUCAAAGGCGCACUAGUGAGCCUGCAGUUGAAAUCCCAUGUAUAAUAGAUUCUGAUAAAGAAAAGUGUUCGAAGGAAGAAAAAGACGAAGAUAUUGAGAAAUGUGAGAUCAUAGAAGAAACAUCUGAUGACAAAGAGAUUGCUAAUAAUGAUUUAAUAGUGAAACCAGAAGAAAAACAUGAAGUUAAAGAACCUUCUACAAUAGAACUAGAGGAGUGGGAAGCAUUUCUCAAUUCCAAUAUCAGUGAAGUCAUGGAGGGCGACGUAGAAUCCUUAACUCAACUCAAUAUGGUGAGUAUGGUGGUGGGGGUUGUGCGCAGCGCGGCGGGCGGCGGCGGCGGACGGCUGUGCGGCGCCGUGGCCGCGCUGCUGGCGCUGCCGGCGCUGGCCAGGCUUCCCCGACACACGCUGCGGGACAUACAGGACGUUUACUUAGAAGCCAAAGUGGUAUUCAAUUUCGUCACAGCUAUCGACACUUUGAUAAAGAACAGCAACGAAUCCGAAGAUAUAUCCGAAGAUGUACUAGAGGGUGUGAACCGCAUGGUGGAGGUGUGCGUGUGGCUGUGCGUGCGGUCCAGCCGCGGCGUGCGGCAGCUGGCCGGCGCGCUCGCCGCCGCCACGUCAUUCGCGCGGCUGCUGGGCCUGUAUACGAAAUCGCCCAGAAUAGUCCUGAACAUCGUAGGCCUCUUCAUAACGAUUCUGCAGGAUUUGCCCGAACACGCCGACGUGGUUGAAAAGAUACUAUUCGACGAUGACGCCUUCAAUUUUCUACUUCUCCUGCAGCAGUCCAACGAUGCCUUAAAAAUGAGAGUCUGUAUUUUGAUUAGUUUAUUAUGCACAUUUUCAUGUACUGCGUUUUCUGCCGCGAUGGAAUCGAAAUGGACUAAGAAGGAAAGUGAGUGUUUGGAAGCUCUACACGGUCACUGUAAUGUAACGUUGAAUAGGGCAGCCAAAAUGGCGACCAAAGAGCUGAGUAAUAUGCCUUUCUAUAUUAAUUAAGUAGAUUGAUUAAUUUGGUCAUUGAAGAGCGGAUUCUGGGCUCCGACGCUCUAUUGUGACGGACGUAACCGGGAUAAUGCCCAGAAGAGAGAGUGAGAGAUGUAGACUGGCCAUUGCACAAAGCGAUAUUUUUUACACAUUAAAUUAUAUUUUUGCAGCUAAAAUUUAAUAGAAAUAAAUUAAGAAGAUAAAUAUUCAUAUAGAGAGAGGGGGAAGGAAAUGUCCCGUCCACAUCAUAUUGUUUGAAUCACGAUUAUGUUUUGUAAUCAUGCAAAUUUAAUUAUGACUUACCGAUAACCGUAACAAUAAAUAAAUAGCCGUAUUACCUCUGCCUACCGACAGACUACCUAAUCGACACUCGUGUCCCAUUGCGGAAUGUAAAUUAGAUAAUGUUUACCUGUUCAUUUCGAUAUUUAGUAAUGAAAUCA